UAGCCGUCUAUAUUCAAUUGUUAUUGAAAUGGUGAACAGAUCGCUAACUUUGCUGUCUGUGCUCGCCUUUGUUGCGACGCCGGUUUGGAGUGCCAACAUUCUGGCAUUAUUCAGCACCUUCAGCCCUUCGCAUUUAAUUGUGCACAUGUCAAUGAUGAUGAAGACGCUGGCAGACCAAGGACACAACUUAAUCAUUGUGACAACAUUGAAACCGAAAAUAGCGCACGAGAAUAUGACAUUUAUUUAUGCUCCAGCGAUUGGCGAACGUCUUAAGGCCAUGAACGAGGGUCUGGAGAAAUUAUCAAGAGAGAAACUUAACAUGAUGACAGACAUAUACAAUUCCGUGAUAAAUGCAGGCACCAUACUAGGCAUGGGAUAUGACUUUGUGGUAGAUCCUAAAAUAAAAGCCAUCUACGAAAAUCCUCAGAUCAAAUACGAUCUGCUAGUUCUAGGUUAUCUGGGAAAUGAAUUUCAGUUGGGCAUUGCUUCCAAAUUAGAUGUGCCAGCAGUCCUCAGCUGGGCUGGAGGUCCCAUUACAUUUGUUGACGACAGCGUUGGCAAUAUCUACGAUCCUUCCUAUGUGCCAGGCAUAACCAUGGCGGCCGACCCAGAAAAUCCAACACACAGCUUCUCUUUGGCAAAUGGCUUGUAUUCAAAUCGUUAG